UCUCUCUCUCUCUCUCUCCAAUGCAUAACCCACCCGCCACCCAGAGAAUAUAUACUCAUUAAUUACACAGGAACGUAGUACAGUAGUAUAGAAUACAAGCAUGAAAAGUGUUUCCCUAAUCCUCUCUCUCUUCUCCCUCUCUCUCCUCUCCCUCGCAUCCUCAGCAUCCACCAACACAUCCACCACCGCCACCACAUGCCCAAUGGACCUGGGCUACGUCCAACGGAUCCCCUGGCUCACCUCCACCUGCAAAACCAACUCCAACAACAUCUCCAACUGCUGCCAAACCCUACUCUCCCUCUACGGCAUCGGCCUCUCCCAACACCUCAAAGAAACCUCCCUUUUCAAUCUCCCGGAUUUGCCCACGUCCGUCUCUUGCCUCUCCGAUUUCCAAUCCCAGCUCGAUUUCCUCUCCUUGCCCUCCAAUUUGACCUCCCUUUGUUUCGACCCUCUUCAGUUCGUCAUUACGCCCAACCUCUGUGCUUCCAUCCGGUCCACCUCCGAUUGGCUCGCCCACCUCGGACCCACCACUCCGCUCAACUCCGCCUGCCGAUCCGACCUCACCGAUUUGACCUCUUGCGACGCCUGCGUCAACGCCGGCUUCCAGGUCCAGACCGAGCUCAUCCGAAUCGAUGGUAACACAUCUCACUCCAGAGAUUGUUUCUACUUUGCAGUAUUAUACGCUGCUGGAAUUGUAAAUGAGUAUGGGCCAGAAAGUAAUAGCGUGAUUUCUUGCAUUUUGGGCCUUACGAUUGCUUCCCAGACUAAGUCAAGCAAGGCACAUUCUGCUCUAGUGUUUGGACUCACUGGAGCCGGCAUUGCCGUUUUGUUCAUGUCUGUUUUGAUAUGUCUGUACUUUCGGUGGAAUAAGAGAUGGAGGAAGGAGAGUGAUAGGUUUGACUGGGGAGACAUUGAGGAAUUGGGGUCAAGACCGCGGAAUCCACGGCCAAAUACGGGGUCAAUAUGGUUCAAGAUUGAUGAACUUGUGAAGGCAACUAAUAAUUUUUCGCAGAAGAAUUUCAUUGGGCGAGGUGGGUUUGGGAUGGUAUACAAGGGGAAUUUACCAGAUGGGACUGUGGUUGCCGUUAAGAGGGUGAUAGAAUCUGAUUUUCAGGGCAAUGAGGAGUUCUGUAAUGAAGUUGAGAUCAUUAGCAAUUUGAAGCACAGGAAUUUGGUUCCCCUUAGAGGGUGUUGUGUGACUGGCGAAGAUGGUGGGAAUCAUGACGAGAGAGAAAGCCAGAGGUUCCUUGUUUAUGACUACAUGUCAAAUGGGAAUGUAGAUGACCAUUUGUUUUGUUGUAAGAAUGAAACUCGAAUUGGGAAGCAACCAUUGACAUGGCCUCAGAGGAAGAGCAUAAUUUUGGAUGUGGCAAAGGGGCUAGCUUAUCUUCACUAUGGGGUGAAACCUGCCAUAUAUCAUAGAGAUAUCAAGGGCACAAAUAUACUUUUGGAUGCGGAUAUGAGGGCUAGGGUUGCAGAUUUUGGGUUGGCAAAGCAAAGUAGAGAAGGGCAGUCUCAUCUCACCACUAGAGUGGCUGGUACACACGGAUACUUAGCCCCAGAAUAUGCGCUUUACGGUCAGUUGACUGAAAAGAGUGAUGUUUAUAGCUUUGGGGUGGUGGUUUUGGAGAUCAUAUGCGGAAGAAAAGCUCUUGAUCUGUCUUCCUCAGGACCGCCACAUGCAUUUCUAAUUACAGAUUGGGCUUGGUCGUUAGUGAAGGCGGGAAAAAUUGAAGAGGUAUUAGAUGCUUCUUUGUUGGGUGAUGGGGAUUCGGCCAAUUCGAAUCCGAAGGCUAUAAUGGAGAGAUUUGUCCUUGUUGGAAUUUUGUGUGCUCAUGUGAUGGUGGCUUUACGGCCAACCAUUUUGGAUGCAUUGAAAAUGUUGGAUGGAGAUAUCGAGGUUCCUGCAGUUCCUGAUAGACCGACGCCACUAGGGCAUCCUUCGUUUCCUGGGUAUGGGAAUACCUUUAGCAUAUCACCGGCAUUGAGUGGGCUUAAAUUGCUUACCGGAGACAUGCUAAGGUAAUUGAGGAAAUUUAUGAUGUUUGUGAUCUCUUCAUAGGCUAAAAGCAUGAAGGGAGAUGGAAAAUCCUGAACCUAGAUUUUUUUAAUUGCUUCAUGCAAUCGAAUAGAUAAGGGGAGUUGGACCGAGUCAUAGAUAUUAGACACACACGUGUAAGAAGGAAGAUGGGUGUAGAAGAAAUGGACUUUCUGCUAAUUAGAUAGAUGCACGGUGCACCAAGAACUGGAUGUCAGGCUGCUUGGAGAUGGAGGGAAAUUUAUAUAAACUUGGAAUCUUAUAACUACCCCGUCUUUCGCAAGAUUCUUGUCUUUAUUGUUUAUUGUUAAAUAUAGGGGAGUGAUUUUCGCACUCCCCAAAUUGUUAAGAGCAUCUCCAACUGCCUAAGCAAUUAGAGUUUUUAGCCAUAAUAGAUAGCCAAAGCACAAAAAGGGCAAAUCCAGCCGUCUCGCUUCAUGGUCAACGAAUUGGCAUGGUGCUUCCGUACUUCACUGCACAAGCAACAAACGCUAGGGUUGUGGAGUUUUUCAUCAUCCUCAACAUCGACAAGGGAUGGAUGUGAGACAAAAUGCAUAUUUCACAAAUCUUUUACAGGAUGGUGCAAUCCUUGAAGAUCAUCUUUCAAUGGAGACUCAAGAUGAAAUUGAAUUUACUUACACAAAUCAAGAUGCUCAAGUGUUCACCCAAGCGUCUUGACCCCCAACUCGAAAGGGAUCUGCUUCCGAGAAAGCGCAACAUGGUGGCAACUUCACCAUUGAAGAAGACAAAUUGCUUGUAUCGGCAUAUUUGAAUACUAGCUUGGAUGCCGUUUUGGAGGGUUGAACUUUUUGGACAUCUAGACAUUUUGGAGGGUUGAUUUCUGGACAUCUAGACUUUUUGGGCAUCUAUUGUAAAUUUCACAUGCUACUGUACGCAGAACCGAGGAUUGGGUGUAUUUUGGUAAAUAUUAGUUCGUGGCUUGGUGUUCUUGUAA